CGAGACAGUAAGCAGCAUGAACAUGUUCUCCUGUUGGACUUCUCCAUCUGACGAUGACGAGCCGCACAGGCGGGUAAAUGAACCGGAGAAGAAGGUAAAGAAGAGAAAAUGGUGGCAGAGACGCCAGAAGGUGGAGAUGCAGGACGUGGAAGGUGGAGAGGGAAGCGGGGUAAAGGGUGAAGAGAUGGGGCAAGGAGUGGAGCAGAAUGUUUUAGAGGACCAGGCAGACCAAAUACCAAAGAUGGAGAAGCAGGUGGUUCUGAGAAAAACCAAACCUGAGAAGAAAGUAAAGAAGAGAAAAUGGUGGCAGAGACGCCAGAAGGUAGAGAUGCAGGACGUGGAGGGUCAGGAGGGAAGCGGGGUAAAGGGUGAAGAGAUGGGGCAAGGAGUGGGGCAGAAUGUUUUAGAGGACCAGGCAGACCAAAUACCAAAGAUGGAGAAGCAGGUAAAGAAGAGAAAAUGGUGGCAGAGACGCAAGAAGGUAGAGAUGCAGGUGGCCUCACAGGACCUGGUGAAAGAACCAGAGCAGGUCGUCCUAAAGGACCAGAGGAGGGAACCAGUAAACAAGGUGGUUCUGGUGUCUGAGAUUGAGAUGAAGAAGUUAGAGCAGGUGGACCCAGUGGAGCAGGUGGACCCAGUGGAAAAAACAGACCAGGUCAAGAAGAAGGCCGAAAGGCAGGUGGACCCAGUGGAAAAACCAGACCAAGUCGUGAAGAAGGCCCAAAGGCAGGUGGACCCAGUGGAAAAACCAGACCAGGUUGUGAAGAAGGUAGAGAGGCAGAUGGCCCCAGAGGAAAAACCAGACCAGGUUGUGAAGAAGGCCGAGAGACAGGUGGACCCAGAGGAAAAACCAGACCAGGUUGUGAAGAAGGUAGAGAGGCAGAUGGCCCCGCUGAACCUGGUUGAAGAACCAGAGCAGGUCAUCCUAAUAAACCAGUGGAAGGACCAUGUAAAAAAUAGGGUUCGUUUCAUUGAGAAUGAGAUAAAGAAGGCCGAGAGGCAGGUGGACCCAGUGGAAAAACCAGACCAGGUCGUGAAGAAGGCCGAGAGGCAGGUGGACCCAGAGGAAAAACCAGACCAGGUUGUGAAGAAGGUAGAGAGGCAGAUGGCCCCGCUGAACCUGGUGGAAGAACCAGAGCAGGUCAUCCUAAUAAACCAGUGGAAGGAACAUGUAAAAAAUAGGGUUCGUUUCAUUGAGAAUGAGAUAAAGAAGGCCGAGAGGCAGGUGGACCCAGUGGAAAAACCAGACCAGGUCGUGAAGAAGGCCGAGAGGCAGGUGGACCCAGAGGAAAAACCAGACCAGGUCGUGAAGAAGGCCGAGAGGCAGGUGGACCCAGAGGAAAAACCAGACCAGGUCGUGAAGAAGGCCGAGAGGCAGGUGGACACAGAGGAAAAACCAGACCAGGUCGUGAAGAAGGCCGAGAGGCAGGUGGACCCAGAGGAAAAACCAGACCAGGUCGUGAAGAAGGCCGAGAGGCAGGUGGACCCAGAGGAAAAACCAGACCAGGUCGUGAAGAAGGCCGAGAGGCAGGUGGACCCAGAGGAAAAACCAGACCAGGUCGUGAAGAAGGCCGAGAGGCAGGUGGACCCAGAGGAAAAACCAGACCAGGUUGUGAAGAAGGUAGAGAGGCAGAUGGCCCCGCUGAACCUGGUGGAAGAACCAGAGCAGGUCAUCCUAAUAAACCAGUGGAAGGAACAUGUAAAAAAUAGGGUUCGUUUCAUUGAGAAUGAGAUAAAGAAGGUAGAGAGGCAGGUGGACCCAGUGGACACAGUGUUAAAACCAAAGCAGGUAGGAAAGAACCAGAUUGAAAUAAAGAAGCCAAAUUUAGAGGAGAAAAUGGUCCUCAAAAACCUGGAGAGGAUGGAGAACAAAAGGCUGGAGAAGCAGGUGCUUCAGAUGGACCAGAUGACAAAGGUUGAAGAACUAGUGGAUCAGGUAGGUUUGAAGACUAAGGUUAAUAAACCUGAGAAGCAGGUGUGUCUACAGGACAGGCAGGUGGUUCUAGUGAACCGGGUGAAGGAACCAGACAGGGAUGAAGCACCUGAGCACCAGUGGACAGAACUGGAGGAGCCAGCAGCUUUGGAGCACCAAACAUGGAAACUGAAGGAGCAGAACCUGGAUAGAGGAUGCACUGAAGAUCCACUGAAGAACAUCUCCGAGGCGUCUUCAAACAAACCGGACCACGAGCAGCUGCAGGACGACGUUCUUGUUCCCCCCAUCGUCGAAGCCCAACCUGGAGAGUCCGGGGCUCUGAUGGAGACCGCGCGUGAAGAUGAAGGUGUCCCGAUGCCGAAGUCGAGGAGAGCCAGCCUGAGAACCAAACGGUUCCAGUUCUUCAACGCCUGAAGCUGAGGUGGUGACGAUCCGGAGAUCAUCCAAUCACACGCCGACUUUUCCAACAUCAAAAUAACAAUAAAGUGCCUUCAUGAA